AUGACCUUCGUUUUCGCCGUGACCUGGGGUCUACUCGCCAAGUCCGCAGCUGCAACAGCAGCAGCGGCCGAGACGCAGCGGCGCUACCAGAACCCAAGCUGCUGUCGCUUCUCCAAAGUCUUCCACGAUGCCGACUGGCAGGACGAAGUGACGCGCCGACUGUUCAAGCAACGAGCCAUCAAGGCUGAGCGGCGUUUCUUUGCCGAGCCUGGUGUUGCUUACGAUCAGGAGACUGGCAUGACCUUCGACGGAAUUUCUUUGGACCCCGCCACAGGCGAGCUGAAUCGAGGUCCUCCUCCUGCGGGACCCUUUGGCUUUUCCGCCGCAUCCAAGGAAGCCCUGCACCUAAGCCUUUUGGCCUUGGCUUUGAACCCAAGCCUCGUCGGAAAAGACCUGGCCCCGCUGGUCUACGACGAAGAGGAGGCGAUGGAGAUCCUUGAGAAGAAGGUCAAGACCAUGGAAGACUUCGAUAAAACGGAGCCAGGGUAUGGAGGUUUCCUGCCGUGGUUCUGUACCCGUGGGGCCAUCGAGAGAGGACGGGUCCGCCAGUGCCGCAGCCUGCAGGACGAAGCGUCAACUUUGGCCCCGACCAACGACUUCUUCAACAAGGUGCCGGGCCUGGACAAUGGCCAGCUCGCUUGGGGCACCUACGCCGUGGCGCGGACCCUGCGUCGACGAGCGACGGAGGAUCCCAAGUUCAACGCGCUCGCCAAGCGCUGGGAGGCGCGAUUGGAGAGGAUGCGCACAACGGCCGUUCCCCUCUUCUAUGCCGGCCGUGGGACUGGGGCGGUCCGUGCCGUGUCGAAGAUCGUGAACACCUCUCGUGAUGCUUUCAAUGCCUCCGACAAUGCCGAAACAAUGAUGGUGUACCCCGCGUUCCUGGACGAUGCCUACGAAGGGGAGCUGAUGGUCCUUUUCAUGGAUCUCCUAGCGGAUUGGUCUGCCUAUCCCAACAACGGUUUGGAAGAACGGAACAAGAUGUGGGAGAGGAAGCAGAUCAAACUGGUCGCUCGGAACUACACCACGGCCAAUGGCAGUGCCAUCACUGUGCAGGAGGGGUUCUGGUUCUCGUCGCAUGAGCAGUGGAAGCUGAUGGUCCUGCCAUACCUGGAGAUUCCGCUGGUCAACCAAGUCUUCACGAACUCGGAGUAUGUCCGCGUGCUCGAUGCCAUCAACCGAGGGAUCCCAGGACUGUUCGCGUCGAGCCAUGCUCCUCCAAAUGUCCGCUGCGGGCGGCUCGGUGGGUAUUGCAAUGCCGUCGGCGUGCAGGAAGUGGCGUCGCAGGUCGUCUACUGGGACCAGAGCGUCACUCCUUACGGCGCGUAUCCGGUGAUGCUUGUGGACCAAGCUGCUGGUCUGGCGUGGUACAACAUCAUGCUCUCGCUUCCGAAGAUGCAGACGGAGACCGGGAGCGUAGAAGCUUCCGAUGUGCAUGGUACGGCUGUGGCGGCCGUUCUGACGUGGGACACCAAGGUCACUUCUGUGCUUGCCAUGUUGGGGGGCACCGGGCCUCUCAUCAGCAGCUUCCUUGCCGCCGACGGGCACCGAGAGCUGUUUGAGGAGCGAGUCGGUAAGAUGUACUCGGAAGUCUUCUCCGGGCGUUUGUCAUCACCCCAAAACAUCCGCGCAGGCAAAACUUCUCUGCCCUGGCCACCCGGAAACCUGCUGCCGCGGCAUUGGGAGUCGGUGGACUCUGCGUUCCCUACUUGCCUUUGCAACACUUCCUCGACGGCCCCUCCUCCCAGGCUUCGGGGCAACAUCUGA